AUGGGUUUUCAAGGAAAAUGGUUUUCGGUGAGUGUUCUUAUUCUUUGUAUUAUUCUUGAUCUUAGCAUUUCCACUCUUGGUGAUCAGAAGCUUGAUCUAGAAAGAUUUGGAGAUGAUUGUCGAUUUGGACGUGGACCUCGUUGUAGAGGUUGGGGUGGUCGUCGAGGUCGUGGUGGUUUUGGCGGUGGAGUUGGAAGAGGAGGACUUGGUGGUGGUGGUGGUGGUGGUGGAGGAGGUCUUGGUGGAGGUGGUGGAUUGGGUGGUGGAUCCGGACAAGGUGGAGGUUUAGGUGGUGGUGUUGGUGGAGGUCUUGGUGGUGGUGGAGGAGGUGGAAGUGGUGGUGGAGGUGGAUUAGGUGGUGGAUCGGGCCAUGGAGGAGGUUUUGGUGCCGGUGGAGGUUUAGGUCGUGGAGCUGGUGGAGGUCUUGGUGGUGGUGGAGGAGGUGGAAGUGGUGGUGGAGGUGGAUUAGGUGGUGGAUCGGGCCAUGGAGGAGGUUUUGGUGCCGGUGGAGGUUUAGGUGGUGGAGCUGAUGGAGGUCUUGGUGGUGGUGGAGGAGUAGGUAGUGGUGGUGGAGGUGGAAUAGGUGGUGGAUCAGGCCAUGGUGGAGGUUUUGGUGCCGGUGGAGGUGUAGGUAGUGGAGCUGGUGGAGGUCUUGGUGGUGGUGGUGGCCAUGGUGGAGGAUUCGGAGCUGGAGGUGGUGUUGGUGGAGGUUCCGGAGGUGGAGGUGGCGGCGGAGGUGGAGGUGGAGGUGGAGGUGGAGGAGGAAUAGGUGGAGGUUCCGGACAUGGAGGAGGCUUUGGUGCGGGUGGUGGUGUAGGAAGUGGAAGUGGCGCAGGUUUAGGUGGAGGUCAUGGUGGUGGAGGUGGAGUUGGUAUAGGAAUUGGUAUUGGUAUUGGAGUUGGUGUAGGUGCUGGAGCUGGCCAAGGAUCUGGUAGUGGCACUGGUUCUGGUUCUGGUAUUGCUGGAGGAAGUGGGAGUAAACAUUAA